AAAAUGAAGGUCUAAAGUUCAGGAUACACACAAGAAAAAGGUUUCAAAUCACAGGCAAACCAGUAGAAACAAAUAGGAAAACUUUGAAAAUAAUGGAGAAAGAAAAGCAAGCAGAGGUGAAGUUACAUGGGAUGUGGGCUAGUGAUUUCUCAAAGAGGGUCGAGUUAGCUCUCAAGCUUAAAGGUAUACCUUACGAAUAUUUUGAAGAAAAUCUACCUAACAAGAGCGAUGACCUCCUCAAAUAUAAUCCUGUUCACGGGAAGGUGCCAGUUCUGGUACAUAAAGGGAAACCAAUCGUGGAGUCACUUGUCAUCUUAGAAUACAUCGAUGAGAACUGGAAAACUGCUCCCCGUUUAUUCCCAACAGACCCCUACGAAAGAGCCAGAAUUCGCUUUUGGACAAAAUAUAUUGAUGAUCAGUUAUUCAAAAACUUAAUCACGGCUAUGAGAAAACAAGGAGAAGAACAAGACAAGGGAAUGAAAGAAUUUGCAAAGAACCUAGAUGUGCUAGAGGAAGGAAUUAAAGAAUUCUAUUCAUGUGCCAAACCAGCAUUCGACGGUGAAUCCCCAAUUUUUUUAAGCAUAACCCUGAUUGGAAUUUUGGGACCUUAUAAAACGUUUGAGAAAGUUGCUGGUGUUAAGCUUAUUCACCCAGAGAAGAACCCAUUUCUCACUAAUUUGCUGCAUGCUCUGAGUGAACUUCCUGAAGUAAAAGAAUGUUUUCCUCCUGCAGAAAAGUUUGCAACCCUUAUGCAGCAUUAUAAAGAGCUGUCGCUUCAACAAUCCAGCACCUAAACCAAGCAAUGCCAACCCUUCCAUGACCAGUGCCUUCGUUGUUUACAAUAAUAACAAUAAUAAAGUUGGUACUAAAUUGCUUAUGUACCAUCUGUAUGAUGAUGUUAUUUUCUGAGUGCUGUGUUCAGUUUGUUUCAGUUGUGUUCUGAGUGCUGUGUUCAGUCUGUUCUUGUAAUUGAAUUACAAGUUGAAAUACCAUUUUUGUUGUGUUCA